AUGGCUCCAGUGAAUCCAGUCCAAACUUGGCUCUCCCCUUUUUUUCUGUUAGUGUCGCUUGCCGAAUGCCACUGGAGUCUGGUAGAGAUCAAUGGUCCCGCCCAUCCCGCGCGACCUGAGUCUGAGGUGGAGGGACUCAGGGAGGACCGGUGGGCGACAUUUGCAAUGGUCGGAUUUGUUACUUUGCGACUUGUUGGUUGGCUUGCUGCUUCGUCUCUGUCCUUCCACCUGCCUUCCACUCCUUCUCCUUUCUUCCCCUUUCUGGCUCUUGGUGGUAGAAACAAUAAUCUUCCUGCAAUCGCGGCAAUAGCAAUAAACACUAUCGUCGACAUUGUCUCCGUUUCACCUCAGAUCUCACCUGGAUUUUGCGGAGAGGCGUGUUCCAGUCUAGACUUUUCUGUCUCUUCCUCCCUUCCCCCGCGCUACCUACUCGCCCCCCGUCCGAUCCAUUGCACCACACCCCCCGAAAAAAAUCCCAGCUGGGUCUCCUUUGAUAGGAGCCGUCCCGCUCACACUGCAGCGUUGUUGUCGUUCGAGCCAGGUUUCUUCUCGAUUGGGUUUUGCGAGGCGCGCGAGAGCUCACCACGUUCCUUUCAUACUUCGAAAGACCAGCGCUUCGGGUCGUCAUUCCUUUGGUUGUGUGUUUUCCCGACCGCCGCAGCAUGCCUCUAUAGCGCCGCGGCAAACAUUCCAACCUCGACCGCCGCCCGCCGCCCGCCGCCGCUUGCCGCUGCCGCGCUGGCCAUGUUGACCAUGCUCAAACAACAAUCAUCGAGAGGCUUCAUCGCCCCGAGGGCUCGCCCCAAGACGCUGCUCUUUCUCGCUCUGGCAAUUGUCACCGUCUACUUCCUGGCCACACGCGGCGCUCCUGCCGGCUAUCACGUCGUCCCCUGGAACCAAGACGGCACCUCUCCACCCCCUGAAAAGGCCGCACCUCCUGAACCGCCAAAGUCGGAAGAGGAGAGGAAGCAGGAUGAGGAGAGACAAAAGCAAGAGAGAGAAAAGCACGAGCAAGAUCUGCGAGACGAAUUCGCGCGGGAGUAUGAAGCUGCCAAGAAGCUUCCCGGCAACGACGCGAUCUACGGAAACACACUUAACUCUCUGAAGGAUAAGGAAAACAGGACCGCCGAGCACGCCGCCAACCUCCGUGAGUCUGGCACGCAGGAGGAGGCCUACACCAACCAGCGACCGGUCUACUUCAACCCUUAUCCCGACUACAACAGCGAAGAAUGGAACAAGACGCAUCGCGCGCCUCAUGUGCCCUGCAUUGGUGCGACUGGCGAGGCCGUUGAUGAUCUCUUGGUCUUCAAGGGUCAUCCUGCGAAAUUCCCCAACCCGGGCUUCGGCGGCUUCGAUGUCCUGGACAUGGAUGGCAACAUUUGCUACGAGCGCGAGACCAGGCUUGGACCCUACGGUCUUCUUCCUCAACUCAGCAAGGCCGGUCUUCGCAUUGACUGGGAUAACAUCAACUGGGGCGACCUUCAGGAGAAGUGUAUUGAGAGAAACGCUGCCCGCUUCGACGAGGGAAAGCCCAACGAGUACAUCAAGACUGCUUACCCCGACAUCGCUGAGAAGUACGGCAAGGAGGUCGAGGAGGAAGAGGAGGCCAACGAGAAACGAGGCCUUACCAACAAGUUCAGGGGCGGGUCCAAGGGCGCUAAGGUGACGACUCCCGACGCCCGUACUGCUGUCCUUCUUCGAACCUAUACCGGCAAGAAGUACACGGAGAACGACAAGCAGGUCAUUCGUUCCCUCAUUUCUGAGCUUUCGCUCCGAUCUGGUGGCGAAUACCAGGUUUUCCUGCUACUGCACGUUCGCGACCAGGCUCUCGACAUUUGGAACGACGAAGCCACGUACCAAUACGUACUCAACGAGCAUGUGCCUCUCGAGUUCCACGGCAUUACCAAGCUGUGGAAUGACCAGGCUAUGUGGAACCUGUACACAGCACUUACCGACGAGAACGAAAAGAGUGUGCAUUCUGCCCAAUGGCUGUCGGUGCAGAAGUUCAGCCAGGACCACCCUGAGUUCGACUUUAUCUGGAAUUGGGAAAUGGACGCCAGAAUCAUCGGCCACAACUACGACUUCCUGAAGCGCCUCUCCGACUUCUCCAAGAAACAGCCUCGCAGAGGUUUGUGGGAGCGCAACGAGCGUUACUAUAUCCCCGAUUUCCACGGAGACUACGAUACCGACUUCCGCAAGGACGUUGAGCAGCGCACCCGCGGCAACCAGAUCUGGGGCCCGCCCAAGCUGCCUUUCAUCAACCCCGUCGGCCCUAAACCUCCUGUCGAAAACCCUGAGAAGGAGCCGUACAAGUGGGGAGUUGGCGAGGAUGCGGACAUGAUCACUGUCGGCCCCAUCUUCAACCCGAUCAACAGCAGCUGGAUCAUCUCGGACCACAUUUGGGGCUACAGAGACGAAAAGUUCCCCGACCCUGCAAAAACCCUCCCCCGCCGAACCACCAUUGUCACCCAAUCUCGUGUCUCCAAGCGCCUCUUGGACAUCAUGCAUGUUGAGAAUCUUCGUGGCAACCACAUUGCGUCGGAGAUGACCCCUCAGACUGUCGCGCUUCUCCACGGCUUCAAGACUGUGUUUGCACCUCACCCUACCUGGUUUGACCGCCCCUGGAAUGGCACUUUCCUCGAGAAGUGGUUCAAUCCUGGUCCUCGCGGCGAGAGCGGUGGCGAGGGCAGUCCUAUGGGCUGGGGAAGAGAGCGUAGAUACCAGGGCAUGACUUGGUACUACCGCGCCGAACCCCCACCAAGACUGUACAACAACUGGAUCGGAUAUGUCGACACUAAGAUUGGCGGCAAGAACUGGGAGAGAGCGCACGGUCGUCCGUGUCUGCCACCCAUGAUCCUCCAUCCCAUCAAGGAGGUCAAGCCGACAGAACCCGGAUUCGCGACCCAGUUCGAGCUCUUCUACGGCUGA